GGACCAGAUUUGGCCAGAAAUCUUGCAAACAGACCCUUAGUCAAGAAGAAGAAAGGGAGUGACCAAACCAGCGACUAUUUCCGAGCCAAGGGAGAGGCAGUGGGCAGAGUCAGACUCAAAGCUGCAUCAAAGUGGAAUCCCCCGAGAUCACCCUUCAACCUCUUCCAGGAAUCUCUUUACCACGACCCUUGGAAACUUCUCAUCGGUACUAUAUUCCUCAACAGAACUACAGGUGAAGAGGCCUUGGGUAAGAACGUCUUAUGGGACUUCCUUGAGAGGUGGCCUACUCCAGAGGACACGGUCAAAGCAUCCUGGGAAGAAAUAGCUGAGCUCAUUCAAUGUCUAGGGCUGCAUGAGAAGAGAGCAAAAAUGAUUAUUAGGUUUUCUGAGGAAUAUCUAACCAAAGACUGGGUUUACCCAAAGGAAUUGCAUGGUAUUGGAAAGUAUGGAAAUGAUUCUUAUAGAAUCUUCUGUGUUAAUGAAUGGCGCAAAGUGAGACCCUCCGACCACAUGCUGAACUUUUAUAUUGACUGGCUAUGGGAUAAUCACCGAUAUCUUGGCAUUGACUAGUGGAUAUCUAGUGACUUAGUAGUUGCGUUCAAAACUAUGGCCUUGAACUGAGGUCAGGAAUUUUUAAGCCUUAGGGAACUACUAAUGCAGGAAAGUUAACAUCCAGCUAGUGGUAUUUAUGUUGGAAAAGAAGUGAACAAAGCAUUCUAUGAUAUUUUAUAAGGCCUAACGUUUCAGGAUUUUAGUAAAUUAAUUUUCUUAAAUAAAGUACUGAGAAUGCAGGUGAAGUCUUUUAUAUUAAGUGUUAUUGAUAUUAAGCACGAGACAUGCAAUGUCAAGGAGGUUUACAGUAUUCUGAUCUCUUUUUACAUAGAUUUAGAGGAUGUAAAUUAUCAUUUUCACUUCUUCACUUCCCACAUUUCCUUUCACUGUAUGUCAUCCACGCUAAAUAAUAUUUUUCUGUGUCACGGUAAUAGUUAUAUAUGUUUGGCUGAGUCAAUAGCAGAGCAACAUUCUGUUUCUAAACUUCCUUGUCUUUAUUUAAUAUUUUUAGCAUUGUGUAUUUUCUUUCUUUCGUUCUUUUUUCUUCUUUUUCUUUACUGCCAAGAAGAAUAUAAAUGACUAGAAUUAGUUAAGCAGUACUACCAGCAGUAAAAGAGAAAAAAAUUGUCUGGCACGAUCCACCUCAUAGGUUUUUCUGCAUGUGUAUUGAAAAAAGGACUUGACUGCAAAACCAUCUUGAUAUCAUGCAAGAUGUUUUCAGAAAAUGAGAAAACAAUGAGUGUAUGAAUGUUGUUGUUAUACAUUUGCUCAAAUACUCUGGACUUGUAAAUGUGACUUGAGUUGAAGGACCAGGAGGAGGAAAAAGUAAUGGAAAAUAAAGAAAAGAAAAAAAGAAAAAAAUGUGUCAAGCAUUAAAGAUGGAAAGCAAUAUAAAGCAUGUGUAUUGUGAGGAGUCCCUUCCAAGUUUGAUAAGUGAUGAAUUUCAGAGAGACAAGUGGAACUUCGUAUCAACUAAUAUAGUAAUAUUCUUUUUUUUCCUUUUUUUAUAUUACUUUAUUUUUGUGUGUUAAGAAUAACUUUCAUUAAUAUCUAGAAUUUGUUUAGAGUGUAAGGUAUAACAUUUAAGUUUUUUUUUUAUACUCCAGUUUUCACAAUAUUUGACACAGUUACAACUAACUGAAGAAGAUAUUGUGGCAAGAAAUAAAAAGUUUGUAUGUGUAGAAAGAAAAUCACUGAGUAAGAUAGAAGAAUAUGAUUAUGCUGAGGUUAACAGAGAGAAGGAAAUCUUUAAAAAGCAAUUUGUUUUUUUAGUAAAUAAAAAAGAAACCUUUUGAUUUUUAAAAAAUCUUUUGGUUUAAUACACUGUGUUGUGCAAGAAAUUUUAUGUAAAAAAUCCACAGUAUUUUCUGAAAGUUGAUGUAGCUCAUACAAUUGCCUUAAAUGUUGAUAUAUUUUUCCCUUUAUUUAUUAAUAGUUUUAUUUGCACUAAACUUACAUUACAGUCAGUAAGGAAUGAUAACAUUGAUGUUAAUGUUAAGUUCAAAUUAUCCUUGUUAAUGAUUUAUAUUAUAAGAAAUUGACAGUGUUAAUGUUACCAAGUAAAAAUAGUAUGUUAUUAAUAUUACUAUUUUUAGAGCUACUUUAACCAUUGUAAUUAGUCGUUAAUUUAUAAUUUUCUUUACAGUUAUUAUACUCAUUGUUUUGUCCUUAUUGUUGAGGUUAUAUAUUCUGUAAAGUUAUUAAGACUGUAAUAGGCCAACCAUUUUUUUUUUU